AUGGACAAGUUUAAACCCGGCUCUACUGUCUAUGCUUUCCAUGGACCCUUGAUGUAUGAGGCCAAGGUCCUAAAAGUUCAUGAGAAAAACAAGUCGUACAUAGAAAUUGCUGAAGGGAAACAAGAGUCGUUGGAAGGGUCUAAGUUAAAGGAGGAAAUGUUGAACGUCAAUAUGUAUUUUCUACAUUACCAUGGAUGGAAAUCCAAAUGGGAUGAAUGGGUAACCGAUGAGCGGUUGCUCGAACAUAGCGAAGAGAACCGAAGAAUAAAGGCUGAGAUGGACGAAUCAACCAGAAAAAAGAGAGUAACAAAGAAGGAAGCUCCCGUAAGCAGUGGUAAUGCUGACGAAAAGAAUACCAAGAAACGACAAGGAUCCGAAAAGCCUCAGAAUAAGCGCAAAAAAGAUAGUCUGAAGUUAGAGAUCACGAUUGAAAUUGAACCGGACUUGAAAUAUUUGUUAGUCGACGAUUGGGAAUUCAUAACUAAAAACAGGCAGUUAAUAGAAGUUCCAUGUGAAUAUACCGUGUCGAAAAUACUUGGUGAAUAUGAAAGAUACAGAAAGGAGACUAGUGAUAAUAUGAAUGCAGUUCAUGAAAUUUUAAACGGUUUGGAGAUAUACUUUAAUAAGUCUUUGAGCUUGAUAUUGCUAUAUAAAUUUGAGAGGUUGCAAUAUUUGAAUCUCCUUAAGGACGGCGUAACUAGAGAAAAGAGCUUGAGUCAGAUCUACGGAUUGAUUCAUUUUUUGCGCUUAUUUGUAUCUUUGCCCGGUUUAAUUAGCCAGACAUCCAUGGAUGCUUUAAGUAUAGGAGUUUUAAUUCAGGAGGCUCAAGAGAUUUUAAAGUUCAUUGGUAAGAACCUUCCGAGAUACAUGAAUACGUACAUAAAUCCAACACCAAACUAUGACAGCUUGGCAAGAAGUUAG